GCCGGCGUAGCCAUGGCGGCUAACGCUACUACCAACCCGUCACAGCUGCUGCCGUUAGAGCUUGUGGACAAAUGUAUAGGAUCAAGAAUUCACAUUGUGAUGAAGAGUGAUAAGGAAAUUGUUGGUACUCUUCUAGGAUUUGAUGACUUUGUCAAUAUGGUACUGGAAGAUGUCACUGAGUUUGAAAUCACACCAGAAGGAAGAAGGAUUACUAAAUUAGAUCAGAUUUUGCUAAAUGGAAAUAAUAUAACAAUGCUGGUUCCUGGAGGAGAAGGACCUGAAGUGUGAAUGAGUUGCCUUGACUUACGCUAGAUUCUGUUUUGUCUUUUAAUGACAAGAAAAUGGAUUUUUUUUUUCCCACCUUCUAAUGUUUAAAUCCCAUAAAGCUAAGUUUCCCGUUAAAGGGAAGUGCUUUGAAGAUGUGUACCCAUUUUUGUAAGUUAAUCAUAAUUAUCCUGGAAAAAGAAGAAAAGAGCUUCUUCUUUGGAGACGAAAAUAAAGGUGUUUUUGGUUAAAAAAAAAAAAAAAAA